GUGGAUGUGUGUAUGUGAAGCAAGCCUUGGUAACUUGGGGAAACAGUUUGAACGGGGAAUCGUAUGUAAAGAUUUCAAGGGGAAAUGAAGAUAUUCGGACUGAUACACACUUCAGCUCUUGAGUUAACACACGCUCUGCGCUGGAAUUCGAAGCUCUUGAGUACAAUUCCUCAGAACCCUCCCGAAAUCGCUCCAGCCCUAAACACAGCGUGCGCCCAGCUGAUGAGACUGCGUCUUUCUUCAUUCAGGAUCAUGCGUCCUGAUGAUGCCAACAUUGUUGGUAAUGUUCAUGGUGGCACUAUACUGAAGAUGAUUGAGGAAGCAGGAUGCAUCAUUGGUACACGCCACUGCAACACUCAACAUGGUGAUCGCUGUGUAGCUGCUCUGGCCCGGGUAGAGCGCACAGACUUCCUGUAUCCAAUGUUUAUUGGUGAAGUGGCUCAUGCCAGUGCUGAGAUUACCUACACCUCCAAACACUCGGUGGAGGUGCAGGUGAAUGUCCUCUCCGAGAACAUAGUCACAGGAGCCAAAAAAGUGACCAACAAGGCAACGCUAUGGUAUGUCCCCCUCUCUCUUCAAAAUGUGGACAAAAUCAUUGAAGUUCCUCCUAUUGAGUACUCUGGCCAAGAGCAGGAGGAAGCAGGUAAAAAGAGAUACGAGGCUCAGAAACUAGACCGGUUUGAGACAAAAGAGAGGAACUGUGAGGUCAUCACACAUGUCUCUCUCCCAGAGCCCUACACUGUUGGAUUUAGUCAGUCGAGUCUGAUCCAUCUUGUCGGCCCUUCUGAUUGCACGCUGCAUGGCUUUGUACAUGGAGGUGUGACGAUGAAGCUGAUGGAUGAGGUGGCAGGAAUCGUUGCUGCUCGUCAUUGCAAGACCAACAUUGUGACGGCAUCAGUUGACGCCAUCAACUUCCAUCGUAAGAUCAAGAAAGGCUGUGUGAUUACCGUCUCUGGGCGAAUGACCUUCACCAGUAGUAAGUCGAUGGAGAUUGAGGUUUUUGUUGAUGCUGAUCCACUUGUGGAGGCUGAGAAAGGGAAAUAUCGGGCUGUCACAGCCUUCUUCACCUACAUCUCCUUGGAUAAGGACAACAAGCCCCUGCCUGUACCACCACUGAAGAUUGAAGGUGAAGAGGAGCAGAAGCAUUUUGAAGAAGGGAAAGUGCGUUACCUGCAGAAUAAGGCAAAGAGACUCACAAAUAAGGAGCGACAACAAUGACUUCAUCUAGGCAGAUGCCAUAUUGUAUUGUAGAAGAACAUUGUGGAAUAAUGGAGCAUCAGCAUAACAACAUCUCUCCUUUAUCCCAUUUGUAGCUUAUUGAAUAAAAGGGAGAGAAAAAUAAUGAUUACUUGAAUUGAAUUCUCUCUUUCUGUUGUCUCACCACAGGAUACCAAAGUACAUAGUGUGUGUGUGUGUGUGUGUGUGUGUGUGUGUGUGUGUGUGUGUGUGUGUGUGUGUGUGUGUGUGUGUGUUAAGUGAAACAGUCAAAAUAAAAAGUCAAAUAUUUAUGUCUUAUUUGAAAUUAUUCAAGAAAUGUGCUGAACUGUAUUGUGCACAAAUAAAAGCUUGGGAAUUCUGCUUAAACCUGUCUGCUGUGACAUAAUGCAUCUGUUUAAUAUAAGUUGUAAUCCUGAAUUGAUAGACUACUAAAAAUUCUGUUAAGACAGAGAGACAGACCAAGGGUGUGGAAUACUGUAUAUGUAAAUAUCAGAGAUGGCUUCACCUGGG